AUGUGGUGGGUCUUUGUUAUGAUUAUUUUGUUUGCUGCUUUUGUUAUAUUUUUGCUCAUUAUUGUAGUGUUUGAAGGUGUAAAGACUAUACAACGAAAAAUGAAUAAAAAUCCAACUACAACUAUAUUCCACAUGAAAAAUUCUAAUGUUCGAUUCACUACCAUUCGAGGUGGAUUGUGCUGUAAUUUAUCAGAAAUUGAUUUCAACAGUGAAAUAGAAGAGAUCCCAGUCGACAAAGAAAUUCGACAACUUCUUUGUGUUGGCAAUUCAAAAGAACGUGCUGUUAAAAUUCAAUUUACGCUUAAAGAGCAGAAUGAGAAAUUUCGACUCCGGAUGAACCCAGAAAUAGUCACAUUAAAACGAGGCUAUGCAUGUGAAGUCGAAACUCUUUUAUUGAUUCAGUGUACACUUAAAAUUAAAAGUGAGGUGUUGAUAGUCUCUAAAAAUUUACAAACUAACUUGGACAUUUUUAUUCGAUCAGAGUCAAAGCAAAUAGUGAGAUAUCCACUAAGUUAUAUGCUGGUGAAAUAA